AUGGAUGCCAUCACACCACAGACUGCGUCCAAGAACGCGACGAACAAAGACUCUACCCUUCAUCCGGAUCAGAUCGCUCGCAUCGACCAUACCUACGACCAAGCCAUCGGCACAGUAACCGACUUCGAGAAGCAGAAAACCGCUGAAGGUGAAGCUCACUUCCGUCGCUUAGGAUGGAAGCGACUCGCUGUCAUCCUCAUCGUUGAGGCCAUUGGUCUUGGAACAUUCAGUCUUCCAGGUGCCUUUGCAACCCUCGGCAUCGUCGCGGGUGUCUUCUGCUGUAUUGCCUUAGGUUUCAUGGCUAUCUACACCGCGUGGAUCAUCGGAAAGAUCAAAGUCUUGUAUCCCUCGAUCAAACAUUAUGGAGAUAUUGGUGGCUUGCUCAUGGGUAGGUUUGGUGAGGAGUUGUUUGGUGCUAUGUAUGUGCUUCAACUCAUCCUCAUCACGGCCUCUUUCGUCCUCACUGGCAGCAUCGCUCUGAACAUCCUGGCCGACGAUAAAGUUUGCGGCCUUAUCUUCAGCGCUGUUUCGGGCUUCAUGCUCUUCAUCCUAGCCAUCAUGCCUUCGUUCGCCGAGGCCGCCAUCUUGGGUUACAUCGAUCUGGUAUGCAUCAUGACAGCCAUCGGUAUCGCAGUCAUUGCAUCCGGCGUCAAUGCCUCCAACCAGCCCGGUGGCAUUGGUGCUUCAGACUGGUCUGCCUGGCCUGACCCUGAUGCAACUUUCAAGGAUGGCAUGGUGGCUAUCUGCAACAUCAUCUUUGCUUAUUGCUUUGCCAUGUACAUGACUCCUUUUAUGGAUGAGAUGCACACGCCCGAGGACUUUAUGAAGUCUGUCUGGACUCUUGGAGGUGUUGAGAUCUUUAUCUAUACCCUCAGCGGUUCGCUUAUCUAUGUCUUCGUUGGCAAGGAUGUGGCAAGUCCUGCUCUCCAGUCUUUACCUGGCAUUCUACCCAAGGUGGCCUUUGGCGUGGCUCUCCCCAUGAUCUUCAUCUCGGGCGCCAUAGGCAAUACCGUCACAGCCAAAUAUGUUCAUCUGAGAUUCUACAAAAACUCGAUCGUUCGGUUUGUCAAUACGCCCAAGGGCUGGGUUACUUGGCUCCUUACUCUUGCUGGCAUUACAAUCAUCUCCUGGGUUCUGGGCGAGGCUAUUCCCUUCUUCAACGACCUUCUCUCCCUCAGUUCCGCACUUUUCGUGUCUGGCUUCAUCCUGUACUUCCCAGCAGUUAUGUGGUACAAGCUGAUCUGCAGAGGCAAGUGGUAUGCCAGAGAGAACAUUCUCCACGCCGUUGCUUGCAUCUUUACCUUUCUCUUCGGCCUCUUGGUCCUUGUUGGGGGAACAUAUGCCACAGCUUUGGAUAUCCAACAUCAUUAUGAGAUCGGAGCUUUCCGUACCCCAUUUUCGUGCGAAGCAUAA